GACAGCGGCUCCACGGCGGGGGUCUCUGUCGGAGCGGGCUGGCGGCGAUGAUGGAGUCGGUGCGGGCUCAGCGGCUGCAGCCCGGUGUGGGGACGCUGCGCUCCCUCCGGCCCGGUGUCACCGGGGCUCCGGCCGCCGCCUCGGCUCCCCCGCCGCCUCCCGCCCCUCCGCCCGCCGCGGUGGCGGCGCCCUUGCCCGCCGUUCCGCCCCCGACCGGGCUGGGGUUGGGGUUGGGGCUGGGGCUGCCGCCGCCGCCGCCCCCCCUGGGGCUGCAGGGACCCGCCGCGCCGCCGCCGCCCGGCGCCGGGCCUCCCGCCGUGCUGCGGGAGGCGGUGGAGGCGGUGGUGAGGAGCUUCGCCAAGCACACGCAGGGCUACGGCCGCGUGAAUGUUGUGGAGGCCCUUCAGGAGUUCUGGCAGAUGAAGCAGUCGCGUGGAGCUGAUCUGAAAAACGGAGCCCUCGUGGUGUAUGAGAUGGUCCCUUCCAACAGCCCCCCUUAUGUCUGCUAUGUCACCUUGCCGGGAGGGAGCUGCUUUGGCAGUUUCCAGUUCUGUCCAACCAAGGCUGAAGCCCGAAGGAGCGCUGCAAAGAUUGCACUAAUGAACUCGGUCUUUAAUGAGCAUCCCUCCCGGAGGAUCACAGAUGAGUUCAUUGAGAAGAGUGUGUCGGAGGCCCUGGCAUCUUUCAAUGGCAAUCGUGAAGAAGCUGAUAAUCCCAACACCGGGAUUGGUGCUUUCCGCUUCAUGCUGGAAUCCAACAAGGGAAAAUCGAUGCUGGAGUUCCAGGAGUUGAUGACCGUCUUCCAGCUGUUGCAUUGGAACGGCAGCCUCAAAGCCAUGCGCGAGAGGCAGUGCUCGCGGCAGGAGGUCCUGGCUCACUACUCCCACCGCGCCCUGGAUGAUGACAUAAGGAACCAGAUGGCCAUGGACUGGGUGAACAGGGAGCAGAAUAGCCCAGGGGCCCUUUCCAGAGAGCUGGCUUCGACGGAGAGAGAGCUGGACGAAGCCCGCCUGGCUGGGAAGGAGCUGCGUUUCCAUAAGGAGAAGAAAGACAUCCUGAUGCUGGCAGCUGGCCAGCUGGGGAGCAUGCACUCCUCCAACUGCUAGACUCUGGCGUGCAAGUUGUUCCACUCCCUCAGGCCUGCUAACACCUCCACGCUGACGGGAUCCAUCCCGUGUCACGUAAAGCAUGUAAUGCCUCUUCCAGAAUUGUGGCCCAUUUGCACAUUAUAAAGAAUUUUUAAAAAAAAAAAAAAAAAAGCUCCUGUACAGAUUUUUAAACCUUUUAAUACUUGCUUCUAGACCUGCUCCUCAGCCCCCUAUCCACUAGAGAAUUCCUUCUGUCACUUUUUUUUAAAGACGGCAUCAAAAAUGCAGCCUUUCAGUAUUAACACUGAAGACCUCUGCUGUACGUUGGUACUAUGUAGUCAGCAGUAUUCCAUGAAAUGUAGCACUUCUUCCAGAAAGCUUCUGUUCUUUGGAGCUGAUGCAUGUCGUGCAGACCUGCUUUUUUUUUUCUUAAUUUUGCUUCUAUAGUGGGGGGGGGUGUCUAUCAAAACUCCUUCUUGAUAAGCACACUAAUUUAAAAAAAAAAAAAAACAACAAAACCAAACCACCAACACAUUCUCUCUAACACUACAAUGCAAGCUGCGCGGGGGAAUGCUCCCAAGCACGUAAAAGGGAUUUAAAACUGGGAUUUUGUUUUGGCCAGACUUAAGUCUGGGGAUCAGUCUUACGGCAUUCCAGUUCCAAGCUCAGGCAGGAUUUGCAGUUACCCCUACAACUGUCGGGUGGCUUUAUCUGUUCCUGCUCUGGCUUUUUGCUCGUGGGGUAGGACAUAGUUCAUUCUCUAAAUAAUGCACCUAAUAACAAACUACAAGGCCCUGCAGUACUUAAGGGAUUGGACUUGACAGUUUAAUUAAGUCUGCACCAAACAGAGCCUCCUGCUCUGCUCCUUUUCAGUCCUCUUCAGGUUCUUACAGUGCUUAGCCCAGCCUGGCAGGCUGGAGAUGCUGAACUCCUGUCCCAAGCACCAGCAGUCAGUGUGGCGGGGGUGAAGUGGCCAGUUUAUUUCCCUGGAAAUGGAGGGUUGGGUGUUUUUUGGCUUCCCUAGCCAAGUUGGGGAAGAUGCAGAAUUUUGAAAAUCUUGCAAGAAGUGAGAGAUGGACAUGCUGUUCUCUCCAGAGCAGCUUCCAAACCAAAUGUCAGACUUGGCCUUUUCAAGGAACGUUUAAAAAACCUUGCCAGAGUUUCAGAACUUGCUAGCAAUAAGAGGGGAAAGGGCUCAGGUCCUCUCCCCAAAGAGCUCUGUGAAUACAAGUCUUUAUUAACUAGAACUGUGUUUAAGUCUUUGUUAACUAGAAGUGUGUUUAAUCCUUUGAACCAGAGCACAGAUCCAGCCCCAAGCAGUGAAAGCUCAGACUAGGGUUUGGCUUCAACUCUGCUUUGCUUCUGUCAGCCAGGUAAAGGGGCCUGACCCUUCACUGUGCCUAAUUUACGCUGCCCAGUUCCCUCCGCAGCUGCGCGCCCCCCCCCCCAAAAAACAGUUAUUGGGGACAAUUCUUAGGAUUUCUGGUAGAGCAGAGGACUGAGUAGUUCUUCAAGGUCAGCAGAUCACGCAGAGCUUACCGUUCCUCGGUGAGAACUUGGCACGGAAGGAAAGGAAUUGCGUGACUGCCAGGCUGGACAAAAUGAAGGCGUGGGCUGCGGGUUUUGGCCCCCCUGGCCCGGAACGUUUACACAGCGUAGCCUUGAAUGAGGAGAGAGGGUGAUGGUGAGAGCUGUGCCACUGGCGGAGCUGGGAGCACCCGCUUCGGAGCGUGGUCCCUUCCUUGUUGUAGUGGCGGUGGAACAAAACAUUGCUGAAACAAAAAUAUGUCUAUGCAAUAUUUUUUUAGGUGAAUAGUUCCCUAUUCUUUGUACACUUGUCAGUACUAAAUCUGUAUGACGUUUAGAUUUUUAAAAACACCCUUUCUGACUUUAAAGUGUUCCUGCAGCUCAACUUCAGUCAAGAAAGUAGCAACUUAUUCCAAGUAAUUCCCAUAUAUCCCUUCCUACUUUUCUGAUACAUAGCCCAGAAGCACCAGCAGUGUCUUGGCGGGAAUAUAAAUUGAAGACAGACUUCUUUCUUCAGUGCAGCUUUGAGCUUUCUCCGUUUUUUUCCCCUGGGUGGAGGUACAAAGCCUUCGGGAUUCUGGUAUUUCCACCGGCAGCCACCCCUUGCGCCCUCUCCUUUCUCUGCAGCAGCCUCUCGCACAGUAUGUUUGACCACAGAGGCAGGUGGAUAUUCGAGCAAUAGUCUUUGUUUUGAGAUGGAGAUUUUAAAAAAUUGCAUUAUCUGUAGGUAUUCUAGUUUUGUAUUCUCGUCCUAACAAGCCUAUAUUGGGUUUUUUUAUGUAUUUUUUUAUAUACAGCCUUUUUACACAACAGUAUUAAUGUUUAACGAGUUUAUAAAUGUGAUUGUAAAUGGUGCGGAGUUGUUUUGGUUUUUUUUUUACUGGCUGGCAAUAUCUAGACCUUGUAUUUGCAUUUAAUCACUUGCUCUAGAAAUAACAUCUCUCCACCAGCACUUCCACACCUGCCUGUAGUGUUCCGACACAUGAAACGGUGAUUUAUCCGAGAGCCUGAUCCAGCAAAUAAGGGAACUCCCGAGAAACCUCGUGGCACCUCCACCAUCGCCUUUUUGUGCCCUGCCUGGUAGAGGAUUCCUCGGUGCUUUUUGCUUUUUUGGGCACCAUCGAGUGUUUUCCGUGUUGGGAUUUUAAUGCUUUUCAGCGAAAAACUCUCCACGACUCUGUCCUGCAGCGCCAGCUCAUACACGAGCUCUUUCGGAUGCCUCGCUGCUGCCCACAGCCGCUCUCACAUGAAUUGGGGAGGAUUAGGGUGUUCCCAUUCCUCCUGGCAGAAGGGAAAAGGAAAAUUUGAUAUUCUGUGACUUGUGUUUUUGGCAAUUCAGGCACCGUUUUUCAGCCUCCAAUCCACGUGGAAGGUGAUAAAAUGAACAAAUCCAGGUUUUCUCAGCAUCCAAAAUGGGUUGUUUUCCUUGUUUGGGCCGCGUAAUUAAAUGCAAAGCUGAAAGGAUAAAUCGCCAUAUGCCGUUGUGGUUUCUAUGUAUGAUUUUAUACAAUAAAACACUAGAUUUUGGGGUA